AUGUUCGCGAAGACGUCCCAGUCGCUGGGCGUCGUGCUGCGGCGGGCGCGGGCGUCGGGCUUCCUCGAGCUGAGCGACCGGCGCCUGCGGGCGCUGCCCGUCGAGGCCUACGCGCCGACGCCCGAGGACCUGGAUCCCGACGAGAAGUUCUGGGAGAUCGUGGAGCUGCGGAGCCUCGACGCCACGGGCAACCUCUUCGACGAGCUGCCGGGCGACUGGCGGUCCGUGGGCACGCUGCGCCAGCUGCGCGUGGGCAAGAACCGGCUCUGCGCGCUGCCCGAGGGCAUCUUCGCCGACCUGCCGAAUCUGGAGGUGCUCGACUGCGGCGACAACCAGAUCCGGCACCUCCCCGGCUUCCAGGGCUGCGGCGCGUCCCUGAAGACGCUCCUCGCGCCGCGGAAUCGGCUGCAGGCGCUCGACGCGGGCGUCCUCGGUCUCGCGGCGCUGGAGGCGCUGGACGUGGGCGGCAACGUCGACCUCAAGUGCCUCCCGCGGCUGCCGGAGCGGCUCCAGAAGGUCGACGCGGAGAACUGCGGUUUGACAGUUGUGGACCGGCUCCCGGAGGAGGCUAGGACGCUCUGCCUGUCCAAGAACCGGCUCUCCGAGGGCGUCGACGUGCGCCACUGCCGCUGGCUCACGUACCUGGACCUGCGGAGCAACGGCAUGGCGACCUACGCCAUCCCCGACCUCCCGAACCUGAGCCACGUCUUUCUGGGGCACAACGGUUUGGGCGACGUGGCGCUGGAAAAGCCGUCGGACGCGCUCGCGCACGUCGACCUCGGCGCGAACCGGCUCCGCCACCUCCCGCCGGCGCUCGGCGCCUGCGGCGGGCUGCAGUCCAUCGACGCGUCGAACAACGACCUGGGGGAGGUGCCCGCGGCGCUGGGCUACCUGCCGAAGCUCCAUCGGUUGUCGCUGGAGGGCAACCCGCUGCGGACGCUGCGGCGCGACCUGCUGACGCAGGGCUGCGACCGGCUCAAGGCCUAUCUACGGACCCGGGGCCCGUCGCUGCUCCCCGAGGAGGCGGAGCUCGCGCGGCCGUCGUCGUCGGGCGACGACCGCCUCGAUUUGCGUUUUCUCGCGAACGGCGUCCGCGACCCCGAGUCGCGCGGCGUGCUCGACCUCAAGGGCCGCAAGCUCGAGCGCUGCCCGCUGAGCCGCGACGACGCGCGGACGAUCCGCGACGACCUGGCGGCGGACGACGGCCUCGACGAGUACGUCGCGGACCCGCGGAAACGGGCCUUGGUGGCCAAGGUCCAGGUCGUCGACGCGAGCAACAACGACCUCGCGCAGCCGCCCGAGGCCGCGGUGCUCUUGGAGCUGGGGCCCGCGCUGUCGGAGCUCAAGCUCUGCCGCAACAAGCUCUCGGCGCUGCCCCUCGCGGCGCUCGCGCGCGUGCCCCUGAAGCGGCUGGACUGCCGCGAGAACGCCAUCGACCGCGACGAAUUCCUGGACGCCGUGUCGCCGCUGGGCGCGCACCUCACGGAGCUCGACGCGUCGUCGAACCGGCUGCGGGCCGUGCCGCGGUCCGUCUUCGCGUGCGUCGCGCUGCGGAGCCUCCGCCUGCCGCGGAACGCCAUCGCGGGCGACUUGCAAAGAGGCUGGGGCGCGCUCGUGAGCCUGGAGACGCUGGACGUCGCGGACAACCGCCUCACGUCCCUGGGCGACGUCCACGCGGCGCCGCGGCUCCGGGUGCUGGACCUGGCGAACAAUUCGAUCCGCAACGUGCCCCCGGAGCUCGGCCUCUGCCCCGAGCUGCGCACGCUCGUGCUCCACGGCAACCCGCAGCGGAGCGUCAGGGCCGCGGACCUCCCGCGGGACACGCCCAAGGUCCUCGCGAAGCUCCGCGACCGCCUGCCGGCGAACGUCGGCGACCGCGCGCCGUCGCCCUUGGAGCCGUCGGGCCGCGGCCGCCGGGGCCAGCCCAAGGACCCCCUCGGCCCGGAGGCGUCGCCGCGCUGGCGCGACGCCUACGACACGCGGAGCCCGCGGCUCCACGAGGGCCACAGCCCCCGCGCGCUCGUCGACGACAGGCCGCCGGGGUCGCCGCCGGCGCAGCGGAGCCGGCCCGGGUCGUCCGACGUCGUCGAGCACGUGCGGCACCCGCGCGUCGCCCGGCUCAAGUGCCCCGUGGGCGAGCCGGACACGCCGCCGCCGCCCUUGGACUCGCCGCCGCCGCCCUUGGACUCGCCGCCGCCGCCGCUCGACUCGCCGCCGCCGCCGCCGGGGAGCUCCUUCGGGUCGCGGCUCCGGGGCCUCGUGCCGAACCGCGACAUGGCCUGGAGCCCGGACUUCGGCGACGCGCGCGUCGCGCCGGCGGUCUUGAAGUACGGCAGCCCGCGCGGCCGGGAUCUGAACGCGCCGCCGAGCCCGCUGGAUCUGGGCGGCGGCGCGCGGGGCGACGUCGUCGUCGGCGCCUGGGAGGGCGAGGCCGACGACGAGACGCAGCCCGUGCUCGGGCGGCCCGUGAACAUCUCCACCGCGAAGCGCGAGUUCCGCGACCGCGCGAUGGCCUGGAGCCCGGACCAGGGCAGGACAAGGGUGAUUCAACAUCGCUUCAACGUGAGCCCGGACCCGCGCGACAAGGCCCAGCGGCCGCCGCGGCGGAACCUGGACCUGGGCCCGUCCGCGCCCUUCGCCAAGCCCAUCCCCCGGGUCUCGCCGCGCCUCGGCGGCUCGGACCACAACCUGGGUCUGGGGGACCCGUCGCCGAACGCCGCGCGCCGCCUCCGGAAGCCCCUGCCCAAGCCGCGGGCCGCGCGCGACGCCGCGGACCAGGAGGCCCUGCUCGUGCUCCAGUCCAAGGUCAACGACCUCAACUCCAUGCUCCGCCACCAGGACGGCGCGCUGAGCCAGGCGAAGCGCUUCGCUUUGAAGAAGCAGCUCGCGCGCGCGAACGCGGACAAGAUCCGCUUCGAGCGCGAGCUCGCGUCGCGCUAG